CUUUCGCACUCUCCAAAACCCUCCUAAAACCCUAGCCCCCUCGCGCCUCCGCCUCGGCCAUGGCCCCCUCGGCGCGAUCGGGCGGCGCCGGAAGCGGCGGGACGAUCGCCUCCAACCCCCGCGUCUGGAUCAUCGCGGGCAUCGCCGUCGCCGGCGUCAUCGUCCUCGCGGAGGCCGCGCGGCGCCGCCGGCGGUGGCUGCGGGAUAAGUCCAGCGCGCCCCGCGACGCCGGCGCUUUCUGCGACCGCUUCGAGCUCCCCCCUGUGCGACAACCGCCGCCUCCCGCCGCGCGGCACCUGCUCUCGGGCCUAACCUUCGCAGCCAGUGACAACUUCGAGAUCGAGGGCUAUGUAGCUGGGUUUGGGAACCCAGACUGGAAGAGGACUCACGAGGAGGCGGGGCGCACAGCGGUGGCUGUAACGAUGCUGCGGAAGCAAGGGGGCACCUGCGUCGGAAGGACUGUCAUGGAUGAACUCGGCUUUGGAGUCACUGGAGAAAAUUUACACUGUGGAACACCAAUCAACUUGGCAUCUCCAUCACUUGUCCCUGGUGGAUCAUGCAGUGGCUCUGCUGUGGCAGUUUCUGCAGAGCUUGUCGACUUUGCUCUUGGCACCGAUACAAUUGGUGAUGUAAGACUUCCAGCAUCUUUCUGUGGUUUACUUUGUUUUCGGCCUUCCUAUGGUGCUGUGUCCACUCUUGGAACCAUAGCAAAUUCACAAAGUUUAGAUACUAUAGGAUGGUUUGCUCGAGAUCCAUGUGUUCUGCAUCGUGUUGGAGGUGUUCUUCUACCAGCUGCUGCAAGUGGACUUAAGCAAACAAGGCAAAUUGUUUUUGCCAACGAUUGCUUUCAGUUUCUAAAGGUCUCUAACCAGAAAGCUGUGCAUGCAAUAAAAAAUGCUAUCCAGACAUUACCCGGAUAUCAGCCACCUAAGCACAUCAAUAUUGGCCAGUAUAUUUUUUCGAAUGUACCUAGCCUGAAAGAGUUUUGUGAACCUGCUACAAAGUUACAAGAAGGAAUGUCGGCCUUGAAAGCUCUCUCCACAGUUAUGCUGUUAUUGCAGAGAUACGAGUUCAAGGCAAACCACAAGCAUUGGGUUAACACUGUAAAACCAAAGCUUGGCCUUGACAUCUCUACUCGUGUACUACAAGCUGUGAAUUCAACACAUGAUAACAUCGAAUCUUUGUAUGCCAUCCGAAAUGAAUUGCGAGCUGCACUCAAGAAUCUUCUAGAGGAUACCGGAAUUUUAGUUCUACCAACCACGGCUGGAUAUCCUCUGAAGAGAAACUCUAAAGAAAGACUAUCAUCUGGAUUUGAAGACAGAAUGUACGCAUUUGUAGGCAUUGCUGCACUUUCAGGCUGUUGUGAGGCCACUAUUCCCUUGGCAAAUCACAGUGAUUAUCAUAUAUCUCUUUCAUUUGUAGCAGCACAUGGAUCGGACAAGUUCCUUCUUCGUACUAUCUUGAAUACAUAUUCUCUCAUCCAAGAGCAAGUAGUUUUGGCAUCCAAGUUGGUAACCGCACCAGUAACCAAUGGUGAUGUUGAUGCAUCAGAGUUGCUGAAAGAAAAGGGAAAUAGUGCUUUCAAAAGAAGACAAUGGAGCAAGGCGAUUGAGUUUUAUUCCGAGGCCAUCAGUUUGAGUGACACAAAUGCAACAUAUUACUGCAACAGAGCAGCUGCUUAUCUGGAACUGGGCCAUUUUAAACAAGCUGAAGCAGAUUGUGGUCGAGCCUUACUGUUGGAUAGAAAGAAUGUUAAAGCGUAUCUACGGCGAGGUACCGCCAGAGAAGUAACUUUGAAUCACCAAGAAGCUCUUCAAGAUUUCAGGCAUGCUUUAGCAUUGGAACCACGGAACAAAGCAGCCCUUGCAGCGGAGAGAAGGCUGCAAAAACUCCUGAAGUGACGUGAGGAGCGCCAGCCUUUAACUUGUAAAUUUUGAAGGCAAUUUUGAAGCUGGUCGAAGGCAAUUUUGAAGACGCGCCUCGUUGAAGGCAAUUUUGAUCGGCCACUUGUAAAAAAGGCACGCACGAUUGGCCAGUUAAAUUAUCCACUAGCCAUCAACUCCUUCUCCCAUUGUUGUCAUUCAUAAAUUUAUAUUUUUAGACGAUUUGAGGAGAUUUUGGUAUCUUCUGAGAGCAUAGGCUCUGUCACAUUGAAGUAUUGUAGGCCAGGCAGCUUUUUAUGACAAAAAAAUUAACUAAUUUAUACUAUGAGAUGAGAUUUACUCGA